UACACAGUUCAUUUCCAACGAGCUCCACCUUUUUCCAUCCACUUGGAGAAAAGACACGGGACAGACGACAACAACUGAAUCAGCUCGGUCCUUUACCUGUACGUCUUCAUCAAAACAAGAUGAAAACAUUAUUAUUGUUGCUUCUUCUCUGUCACGUUUCAUCACCAGUCAAACACUCCCUGAAGUUUUUCAUCGCUGCAUCUUCUGGAAUCCCAAACGUCCCAGAGGUAAUGGCCUCUGCUCUGGUCGAUGAUGUUCAUGCGGGUUACUGCGACACCAACACACAGAUAGCAGACGUAAAACUGGACUGGGUGAAAAACUAUUUUGAUAAGAACCCCGAGGACCGGGAGUGGUUCGUUGCAGAGUGUUUUGUGAAUCUGCCUAGAUUCUUCAAAGUCACGAUUUCUUUGUUGAUGCAGGUCCUCAACCAGAGAGAAGGUGUUCACAUUUUACAGAUGAUAACUGGAUGUGAGUGGGAUGAAGAGACUGGAGAGGAUAAUGGUAUUUUGCUGUUUGGUUAUAAUGGAGAAGACUUCCUGUCACUGGACCUGAAGACACUGACAUGGGUCGCUCUGAAACCAGAGGCUGUCAUCAUCAAACUGGCAUGGGAUGCUGACAAACCAGCAAUAAAAUAUUAUGAGAAUCUUUUAACUCAGCUUUGUCCUGAGUGGCUGAAGAAGAGUAUGGAAUAUGGGCGGAGCUCUCUGCUGAGAACAGAUCGUCCCUCAGUGUCUCUCCUCCAGAAGACUCCCUCCUCUCCAGUCAGCUGCCACGCUACAGGUUUCUACCCUGACAGAGCCAUGAUGUUCUGGAGGAAAGAUGGAGAGGAGCUUGAUGAGGACGUGGACCGAGGAGAGAUCCUCCCCAACCAUGAUGGAACCUUCCAGAUGAGAGCUGACCUGAACAUUUCAUCAGUCUCACCUGAAGACUGGAGGAGGUACGACUGUGUGUUUCAGCUCUCUGGUGUGAAGGAGGACAUCAUCACCAAACUGGACAAAGCAGGGAUCAGGACCAACAGGGGUAAGACUGAGAUCAGAGGUGAUGGAGAAUGA